GAAUUGGUUUGAAGCAAAGCAAGCUAUAAAAAAAAAUCAAGACAUUUCAUAAAUAUCAUCACCAUCAUCAAGCUUUCUAUCUAAACCAAAACAUCUCUUCUCUAUUAAAAACCCAAGUCGAAACUUUUCUCUAAUAAUUUGUUUUCCAAGAAGAACUUGUGUUAAUUUGUUGGUUACCUUUGAGAGAGAGAGAGAGAGAGAUAGAGAGGGAGAGGGAUUGCUUUGAACUUUCUCUUCUUUUCCUCCCUCUUCUCUUUCUCUUGGAGAUUUUUCUUUUUUGAAGAAAAGAAAGUUGAAGGGUUUGAGGAGGGUGAUAUUAUUGAAGAUAAUUUGUGGGUUUUUCUUUUUUUGAGUUUGUGAGAGUUUGCAUAGUGAAGAUGUUGGGGUGUGAAUGUUUUUGUUGGCACAGACAGACUGAUCAUGAGUUACCUUUGCCUCUGCCUCAGCCUUUUUCUUUGCCUUCACCAAUUCCAGAAUGGCCUCCAGGUCAAGGAUUUGCUACUGGAAAAAUAAACCUAGGAGAAUUAGAAGUGGUUAAUAUUAGUAAGUUUGAGAGUGUUUGGAGCUGCAAUUUGUUGCGUGGUAAAGGAAAAGGUGUCACGUUUUAUAAACCUGUAGGGAUUCCGGAUGGAUUUUUCUGUCUCGGUUAUUACUGUCAGCCAAAUGACCAGCCACUGAGAGGGUAUGUUCUUGUGGCUCGCGAAAGGGUACCUUCCAGUCCAGACAUUUGUUGCGACUAUGACUCAGAUUCAGAACUUCCAGCGCUAAGAAUGCCUGUUAACUACUCAUUGAUUUGGAGUACAGAUUCACAUGGUAAUGGUCGUGGUUUCUUCUGGCUGCCAAACCCGCCAGUGGGUUACAAAGCAAUGGGAAUUUUGGUUACUGACAACCCAGAGGAGCCUAACGUGGAAGAAGUUAGAUGUGUUCGAAAAGACCUUACAGAGACUUGUGAGAUUGGGGAUACCAUACUUGCCAAUGGUACAAACACAUUUCAUGUUUGGAACACAAGACCAUGCAAAAGGGGAAUGUUUUGCAAAGGAGUUUCUGUUGGGACAUUCUUCUGCAGCAACUACUUCGUUUCUGAAGACGAGGUGUUAGAGAUUGCGUGCUUGAAGAAUCUUGACCCGACACUACAUGCAAUGCCAAAUUUAAACCAGAUUCAUGCACUCAUCAAGCACUAUGGCGCAACAGUUUUCUUUCAUCCUGAUGAAGAUUAUAUGCCGUCGUCAGUGCAAUGGUUUUUCAAAAAUGGUGCACUUCUAUACACAGAUGGCAAGCUUAAAGGUGAACCUAUUGAUUGUUGGGGCUCUAACUUGCCUGGAGGAGGGACAAAUGAUGGUGCCUUUUGGAUAGAUUUGCCAGUAGAUGAUUAUGCAAGAAAUUAUGUUAAGAAAGGAAACUUGGAGAGUGCAGAGCUCUAUGUUCAUGUAAAACCAGCAUUGGGUGGAACAUUUACUGAUAUUGUGAUGUGGAUUUUUUGUCCCUUUAAUGGACCGGCCAACCUUAAGAUUGGGUUAAUGAAUAUACAAAUGAACAAACUUGGGCAACAUGUGGGUGACUGGGAACACUUCACUCUCCGGAUAAGCAACUUCACUGGAGAACUGUGCCAAGUAUUCUUCUCACAGCAUAGCGGUGGUGAGUGGGUUGAAGCAUUCAACUUGGAAUUUAUUGAAGGUAACAGGCCAAUCGUUUACUCAUCCAGACACGGACAUGCUAGUUUCCCACAUCCCGGGACUUACCUUCAAGGCUCGGUUAAACUUGGAAUUGGAAUUAGGAAUGAUGCUGCUCAAAGCAAAUAUUUUGUGGACUCAAGCAUUAGAUAUCAGAUUGUUGCAGCUGAGUAUCUUGGAGAUGGAGUCAUCACAGAACCAUGGUGGUUGCAGUUCAUGAGAGAGUGGGGUCCAACCAUAGUAUAUGAUUCACGAUCUGAACUGGAUAAAAUAAUUAAUAUGCUCCCAUUGAUUGUUCGAUUUUCAGUGGAGAACAUCUUUGACCUGUUUCCAACAGAGCUUUAUGGCGAGGAAGGGCCAACUGGACCGAAGGAGAAGGAUAAUUGGAUGGGAGAUGAAAUAUGUUAGUUUCAGCAUAUAUGCCUUUGCGCGAAGUCGAUAUCUUCCCUGCUUUCGAGUGUACAGUCAUACUGAGCAUGGUUUUGGUGUAUUCAUGGACCUGUAAGAGCCCGUAUGCAAUUAAGGACAUUGCUUCCCUUGUAAAGUUGGCUGAAACAAUGAUUGGAUUUCUUCUUCAAGAACGAAGGAUGCACUAAUGCUUCUGGUACAAUUUGGUUAUGGGGACAAGGCCACACGUUCAUGAGUCAAUUGCAGAGGUACUAUGCGUCCAUGCAGCCCUUCUCUUAUGCAAUUUGAUAAAGAACUCGGAACUUGUAUAAAAAUUCUGCAGUUGCCAUUCAUUCUAGUUGAUUCUUAAAUAUGGUGUUAUGUUAUAGCUCCUGUACUAGUGCUUGUGCUUGUAUGUGAUUUUGCAGAUAUGCCAUGAAAUCUUUGAAUUUCGUGAGCAAAAUUUGAAUUUGAAAAAAAAAAAAAUGAAAGAGCUAAAGCUCUCAAAGUAUCUGUCAAACCUUUGUUUGCGUCUGUUCUUGUGAUUCUCCCUGUAACUUUUCAUGUCUUAUUCAGCAAUCUAAAUAACGUAUUAGAUGGCUGUGCGAUGGCCUCACAUUGAAUGGAUAUCUA